AUGGCGGAUCCGAGAUUGCGCAAGCUUACAAUAUCGACAAACGUGGUGAAGCGAAUAGCUAAAGAAAAGGCCAGGUACGAGGAGGAGGUGGUUCAACAGACUAAUCUAUAUGAUGCCAAAGUAACGGAGGGUGCUGACGAGUACGAAAUUAAGAUGGCGAAAGCUAUUCUGGAUGAAUCUAAAAUGAUGUUACCGGACUGCCAAAUACGGCUGGACAAGGCACUUUUUGCACUCAAUGAGCUGUUGCAGGUAUUGUUUCCCGCCGCGUUUCCGUAA